AUGAAGUCUCUUAUGGUUAUUUCGUCUCUACUAUUAUUUUCUCUAUUCAUCAUAUUCAACGCAACAACAGCACUCCAUCCUCUAAAAUCCGCAGUAGACGAGAAUUUAACUACUAAUGGGUUAUCUCAUCCAAAUGCUCCCAUGCUGGAGGUGUUGGCAAAGGAUUCGAUGAAUUUGAUGGGAGCAGAGGAAGACGAAGAAGAGUGUGGGAAUCGAGAUGAAGAUUGUUUAAAAAGGAGAAUGAUUGCAGAGGCUCACUUGGACUACAUUUACACCCAAAGACAUCAUAAACCUUAA